AUGUUUCGAAGCCGAAGCUGGUUUGGUGGAGGGCUUUGGAAACCCAAAAACCCUCACUCUUUAGAGCAUCUCAAGUAUUUAUACCAUAUCCUAUCAAAGAAUCAAACUGUUUCUGAGAAUAAUAGAGGUCUACUGGUAGAGACUCUUCGUUCUAUAGCUGAAAUUUUAAUAUGGGGCGACCAAAAUGAUAGCAGUGUAUUCGAUUUCUUCCUGGAGAAAAAUAUGCUUUCAUUCUUUCUACGUAUAAUGAAACAAAAAUGUGGAAGCUAUGUAUGUGUUCAAUUACUGCAAACCUUGAACAUAUUAUUUGAGAAUAUACGUAACGAAACAUCUUUGUAUUACUUACUUAGUAAUAAUCACGUGAACAGUAUAAUUGUGCACAAAUUUGAUUUUAGCGACGAGGAGGUGAUGGCAUACUAUAUUAGUUUCUUAAAGACAUUAAGCUUGAAGUUGAAUGCACAUACCAUUCAUUUCUUUUAUAACGAGGUAAACGAGCACACCAAUGAUUUUCCAUUGUAUACAGAGGCAAUUAAAUUUUUUAAUCACUCUGAAGGAAUGGUUCGUAUAGCAGUGCGAACGUUGACUUUGAACGUGUAUCGAGUAGAAGACGCCUCCAUGUUAGCGUUUAUACGAGAUCGCACUGCUGCACCCUAUUUCAGCAAUCUUGUAUGGUUUAUUGGUAAUCACAUUAUAGAGCUUGACACUUGCGUUAGAAAUGAUGCUGAUCAUCAGAGUCAAAAUAGAUUAUCAGAUUUAGUCGCAGAGCAUCUGGAUCAUUUACAUUAUUUAAAUGACAUUCUGUGUUUGAAUAUACCGGACUUAAACAAAGUUUUAUCAGAACAUUUGCUUCACAAAUUGUUAGUUCCACUCUAUGUUUAUUCACUUAUGAGACAUAAAAAUCUUCUGUGCCAAAAUCAGGAAGAGAGGAAGCAUGUGAGCAUCGUUGUAGCCUUGUUCUUACUCUCACAAGUAUUUUUAAUAAUCUCUCAUGGCCCCCUUGUACACACGUUGGCGGCAGUAACACUGCUCUCGGAUUUGGAAACAAUACACACUGGGGCGAGUAAACUGCUUGAGAUGUACGGUGACAUCUCGUCAGACAAGCCGAUUGCCUUCUCACCACCGAAAGAGAGUUUAGAAAAAUCUCUUGAAAAUCUGAGCGAAUCGCUGACAAUGUCAGACGACUUUUGUGAAGAAGAAGGUAAUUCGGCAGAACGAAAAAACAGCAAUGAAAUCGGGGGUGAAGAAUUAGAAACUAAUCCUAGCACAUCGUUUGAUACCGCUUUGACGGAUAUGUCUGAAAUCAUGAAUACAGAACAACUAGACUUGAGCAUUCCAGCUGAGGAUUUAGAAGAAAUGAAGCACCUAAACAUUACUGACGAAGAAAAGGAACAAAGAUUAGCGUUGGAAAGUCCCUUGACACCGCAAACGCAAAAAAAUGUGAACGAAUCGUUGUCCAAUAAACCAUUCCUAGAAACUAUAUUAAAUUCUUUGUUUUGUACGGAAAACGAUUAUGCAGCGUUAUUUGCGCUAUGUUUACUGUACGCUUUAGUUAAUAAUCAGGGCAUUGAUCGCAAAACUUUGGACCCAAUUUUAUGCAAUUCACGAAAUGCGACGACAAGUUUAUAUAACGAAAUUUUAAUAGAAAGACUAAUUCAUAUUAUAACAUUAAGUUGUCAAACAAAUGCUAAAGUAAGACUGGUCACAUUGGAAUUGGCAAUUAAAUUGCUAAUACAAUUAGUAAUGUCCGACGGACAAAACAUGUUAAAAGAUUCGCAUUUGGCAGCGAUUGAAGCAGCCAAAGAACAGAGCACAUCGUUAUUGAAAAACUUUUAUAAGAGCGAAGAUAUAUUCCUAGAUAUGUUCGAGGAUGAAUAUAGCGAGAUUCAGAAACGACCUUUAAACGUAGAAUGGUUAAUGAUGGAUAGCAAUAUCUUGUUACCGCCAACGGGAACACCGAUGACGGGAAUUGAAUUUACAAAGCGACUACCGUGUGGCGAAGUCGAAAGGGCACGACGUGCUAUAAGAGUAUUUUUUUUAAUAAGAGACCUGUCCCUGACUCUUAGCGUGGAGCCGGAAACACAGUUGCCGUUAACAAAUCCGGCGAACUGUAUUCAAGUCGAUAAUGUCCUUGACCUAAAUAAUAGCGAUUUAAUCGCGUGCACGGUUGUGUGGAAAGACGGACAAAAGAUCCGCCGUUUUCUAGUCAUCGAUCUAUUUCAACUAAUUCUUGUCGAGCCCGAUACUAGUAAAUUGGGCUGGGGAGUGGCAAAAUUGGUAGGUUUUCUACAGGACAUCGACGUAGCGGGUGAUAAGGAUGACUCCAGGUGCUUGCACUUAACAAUUUACAAGCCUCUGAGUAGCAGCACCGGGAAUCGUGUUCCGUUGCUAUCAACGAAGUUCAUUUUCGAUGAUCAUAUAAGAUGUAUGGCCGCUAAGCAAAGGCUAACAAAAGGUAGAAUAAAAGCACGACAGAAGAAAAUGAAUCAGAUUGCGAGAUUACUCGACAUACCUACCAAUAUGCCUCAUUCCUCAACGCCUCCAAAUUAUGCGUUACGUAGUUUUCGACACGAACGACUUGUUGGACGUGGGCAAAGGCAAAGAGAGCAUCAAUCGCGACCAAUGUUUACGGUUAAUAAAGUCCCUGGAUUCGCAGCACAGAUGCGUAGGGAAAGUGCAACAAGACCUGCUCCGAGUCUAUCGGCGACGAUUACGAAACGUGGCGAUAACAUCACAAAUGAAAAGGGUCAUGAAAACGGUUUACGCUCUCGGGAUAAUUCGCCGAAAAUGCCGAGACCACGGAGCGAAGAAAUUCCACUGGAAGAUAUGCGUCUUCGAAAGGCGUCUUUGACUUCCAAUGGUUUAAGUAUACCACAUAUUUGUCCAGAGGAGAAGGAUGGUCAAGUGUCUGCUUGUUCAACUAAUGGUGAAUCAUCGACUGUGAUCAGAAAACAUUCGGAAGAAACAUCUUUUACCAGUCCGCAAGAAGUAAAGCCACGUAGGAAAGGUCAGGUGGAAACAGUAUGAUCGGGGAAAUAAAUUUGUACGAAAGAAGAACAAAGUCAAAUGGAAUUCUUUUUAGGAAUUAUGGAAAAACGAGAAAGAUUGAAAUUGUAAAUGCAAUAUUCAGUUAGGGAGAUAAAUAUAUGAUUGAUGUGAUAAAGAGAUUUUACUCUAAGUACUUUUUAAACAAUGACUUUGAAAAUUAGGUCCUGUCAUUUUCUUUUUCUUUUAAUAGGGAAGACAACACUUUGAAAUCAAUCUUGUAAAAAAGAACAUGUUAUAUAUCCAGUUAAAGGUAUAGGUAAACUUCGUUUCCUUUUGUUUCUUUACACUAUGUAACAUAAAUAUUUUGUACAUACAUCGAGCCUAGACGCGUAUACACCUAAACUGUAUGUUUUUACUAUUCAAAAAUAAUAAACGACCUUUCACCAGAUACAUGUUCCAUAACUAUGCAACAAAGUCUUGUAUUUAAUUUAUGUAUAUAUUGUUGGAAAUUUCUGUAACACGAAAAAUAAAUACCAACAAUGAGA